CACUUCAGUUCUCAUCAGAGAGUUCACACAGGUGAGAAACUGUAUGAAUGCAGUGAUUGUGGGAGGUCUUUUGCCCAUAAUUCAACCCUUAGAACACAUCAGAGAAUUCACACGGGUGAGAAACUGUAUGAAUGUAAUGCAUGUGGGAAAAGUUUCACUCAUAAUUCAGCCCUCCGAGUACAUCAAAGAAUUCACACUGGGGAGAAGCCAUAUGAAUGUAAUGCAUGUGGGAAAACUUUCUCCAAGACAUCACAUCUCAGUACACAUCAGAGAAUUCACACAGGGGAGAAACCCUAUGAAUGUAAUGCAUGUGGGAAAACUUUCUCCAAGACAUCACAUCUCAGUACACAUCAGAGAAUUCACACAGGGGAGAAACCCUAUGAAUGUAAUGCAUGUGGGAAAACCUUCUUCAAGACAUCACAUCUCAGUGCACAUCAGAGAAUUCACACAGGGGAGAAACCCUAUGAAUGCAAUGCAUGUGAGAAAAGUUUCACUCAUAAUUCAGCCCUUCGUGUACAUCAAAGAAUUCACACUGGGGAGAAGCCAUAUGAAUGUAAUGCAUGUGGUAAAACUUUCUCCAAGACAUCACACCUCAGUGCACAUCAGAGAAUUCACACAGGGGAGAAACCUUAUGAAUGUAAUGCAUGUGGGAAAACUUUUUCCAGGAAGAUACACCUCAGUGCACAUCAGAGAAUUCACACAGGGGAGAGACCCUAUGAAUGUAAUGCAUGUGGGAAAACUUUUUCCCGUAAGACAAACCUCAGUACCCAUCGGAGAAUUCACACAGGUGAGAAACCGUAUGAAUGUAGUGAAUGUGGGAAGUUUUUUGCCCGUAUUUCUGGUUUAAGAUCACAUCAGAGAAUUCACUCAGGGGAGAAACCCUAUAAGUGUAAUGAAUGUGGGACAGCUUUUGCCCACAGUUCAACUCUCAGAGAGCACCAGAGAAUUCACACAGGGGAGAAACCACAUGAAUGUAAUGAAUGUGGGAAAACUUUUGCUCGUAAGGCAGUUCUUCGGGUACAUUAUAACAGAAGGCACACUAGAGAGAAAAACCUUCCAUGUAAUGAAUUUGGGAAGUUCUGAAGAAACUGAUUAUUAAAACACACAGUGGAGAAGGUCAUGUCACACAGACUGCAAAUGGUUUCCUUUAACUAUUUCCUCUUCUAGUAGGCACAAGCAUGUCUAACUUUCCCAGUCUGCCUUUCAUCCAGGUGGGGGUGGCCAUAGGUUAUUAUGCUAUCACAUAUGAGCUAAGUUUAGCCUUUAAAAAUUGCAUUCUUCCUGUUUUAUGUUAUUCAUACUGGAAUGGAGAGAUUUGCAAGGCAGACUUGUGUGCUGUAUAUUGAGCAUAGAGCACAAGGUAGUGAUGAAACAAUUUUCCACUAAACAGUCUUCCCUGUUUUUUUUUUU